GUCCUUUUAGGUUCUUAAGUGUAUUUGACAGAUUUACAGAUUGUAAUUCCUAGAUUAUUGCUGUUUUGUACGAACAGAAGCUGUAUUAUUCAUAUUAAUUUAGUUUUUUUCUUAGUCACUGGUCAAAUCUCAUCUCUUAUCAGACAGAAAGCGGAUAUUUUAUUCUGUAAGAUACUCAUUCAUUUGCUUCACGAUGCCAGCAGUUUUCUUGGACAGACUUCCUUUACCUAGUUUGCAAGCCUACACUACUAUAAGUGUGCUCCUUUUAUCUUGUUCAAUAUACUAUGCACUGCAAGCUACAUCAGAUUCAGAGUGGAAUGCAGAUGUGAAUCAAAGUUUAUAUGAUGCUAAAAAUGAAAAUGAUACAGAUUCCAUGGAGGGGAUAAGAACUUUUUUACAUAAAAUGCUUCUGAAAAAUUUCAUUACGAAAAGGUUGUAUGAAGUAAUGUUUUUCAUCGUUGAAGAACCUUUGUGUGUUUGGACGUUGAUCAAUAUGGCUUACUGUGUUUUGAUAUUGGUUGGAAAAUGUAUUCAGAAAUUUGUGUUUGGUGAUCUCAGGACAAUUGAGCAGCAGCAUAUCAAAGACAAGUUUUGGAAUUUUGUGUUUUACAAAUUCAUAUUUAUAUUUGGUGUUGUGAAUGUUCAAUACAUGGAUGAAAUAGUUGUAUGGUGUGGCUGGUUCUCAUUAAUUGGAGCUUUCCAUUUGCUUUCACAACUGUGUAAAGACAGAUUUGAAUAUCUCUCCUUUUCACCUACUACACCAAAGUGGACUCACUUAAGGUUAUUUGCUUUGAUAUUUUUCAUUCUCUCCAUGUCUGUUAGCAUGUGUAUCAUAGUUGGAAUCUAUACAAACUUGAAUACUUUCUUCUUUAUGUCUGCUGAGUGGACUUUAGUAGUUUUGAGAACUCUUUAUGUUCUGAUGAGGUAUAUUAUUCAUUUAUAUGACAUAAGUCAUGAAGGAAUCUGGGAGAGAAGAGGAAAAUAUGUUUAUUAUUCUGAGCUUGUGUUUGAACUGUCAAGUCAUGUUGUGGAUUUUCUUCAUCACUUGCAUAUGCUUCUUUGGGGUAACAUUUUCCUUUCUAUGGCAAGUCUCGUUAUUUGUAUGCAGUUGAGAUGUCUAUUCAAUGAAAUUCAGCGUAAAAUUAUCCGUCACAAAAACUACUUAAAUGUAUCAAAACACAUGGAAAACAAUUAUCCUAUUGCUACAAAAGAAGAAAUUGAUUCAAAUUCAGAUGAUUGUGCUAUUUGUUGGGACAAAAUGGACUCGGCUAGGAAAUUGCCCUGUGGUCACAUGUUUCAUACGUCUUGUUUACAUUCUUGGUUAGAACAAGUGACUAAUUGCCCAACCUGUCGUACACCUCUUGUGCAAAAAAAUACUAGAAAUUCUCCUGCUACAACUAUAAAUCGCAAUAACAUUUUAGUUCAAGAUGGUCAACCUCGCCCUGCUAAUCAAACAACAAACCACUUCUUUCAUUUUGAUGGAUCAAGAUACGUUAGUUGGUUUCCUAGUUUCUCUGUUGAAUUCAGUCACACCAGUUUGAUCAGAGAAAGACAAGCAGUGGCUUUUCAAACUUCUCAGAUGGAUGCCAUGGUUCAUCAAGUAUUGCAAGUAUUUCCUCACAUGCCAUAUAACAUAAUAAUGGAUGAUCUUAUUGCAACUCGCUCUGUUGAGCAAACUAUUGAGAACAUUUUGGAAGAAAGAGUUACUGCUCCAUCAGCUGUCCAUUUUCCAGCUUCAUCUGCUACUCAUUCUUUGACUAGCUUGCCAUCAUCAUCAUCUUCAUCUUCAAUGUCUUCAUCUUCUUUAAUUGUUCCCUUGAGGAGCUGUAGUAUUCCUGAUGGAACCUUGCCAAGUACUUCACUGGAAAAGCAAUCUAGUGUUCAUAAAAGAGAAUUUACUUCUGCUUCUACUUCUACUGAUAAUCAGCAAAGUGAAAUUGUGGAAGAUGCUCCAGUAAAAUCUGGCGGUGAAGGUUGUAGAUUUUCAAAGAGCUCAGUUGAAAGACAGCAAAUGUUAAGCAACAGAAAAGAAGAGCUACUAAAGAAAGCCAGAUGCAAAUACAUAAAUCGCAUCUAUGAUAGAAAUGAUAUAAGUAGUGACUCAAGUUCUUCAGAAUAAAACCAAAAACCUGGACUAUAUUUUUGAGCAAUAUCUUUGUUCCUUUAAAUAUUAUUUGCCGUUGAAGCA